UGCUCUGAAGUGCGCUGAGGUUGAGAAUUUCUUUACUAGCGGAAGAAUGGCGGAUGCGCAAAAAGAAACUGCCCCUUCGGCGAAAAAGCUGCCGGCAGUACCAGAGUCGGUACUUAAAAGGAGGAAAACCCGAGAAGCAGUUAAGGCUGCACGGCUUCAAAUUUCUAUUAAGCAACGUGCAAACCGUUACAAGAAACGGAAGGAAAUCUUCAAAAGGGCAGAAAAAUAUGUGAAAGAAUAUAGAACAAAGGAGAGAGAUGAAAUCAGAUUAAUAAGACAAGCCAAAAACCGUGGUAACUACUAUAUUCCCGGAGACGCACGUCUUGCCUUUGUUAUUCGUAUUCGAGGUGUGAACCAAGUUGCACCAAAAGUGCGCAAAGUACUUCAACUAUUUCGCUUGAAGCAGAUCAACAAUGGUGUAUUCGUAAAGUUAAAUAAGGCAACCAUUAACAUGCUUCGUAUUGUCGAACCUUAUAUCACAUGGGGGUAUCCUAAUCUAAAGUCAGUUCGUGAACUGAUUUACAAAAGAGGAUUUGCCAAAAUAAAUAGGCAACGUAUUCCCAUCACCAGUAAUGCCAUCAUUGAGAAAAAACUUGGUAGUUCUGGUAUUAUUUGUACAGAAGAUUUAAUCCAUGAAAUAUUCACAGUUGGAUCAAAGUUUAAAUAUGCAAGCAAUUUCUUAUGGCCAUUCAAGCUCAACACACCAAAUGGUGGAUGGCGCAAAAAGACUAACCAUUAUGUUGAAGGUGGAGAUUUUGGAAACCGAGAAGAUAAAAUCAAUGAACUUCUCAGGAGAAUGGUUUAAAUUUAUAAAAAUCUGGAUAAAUAAAUGUUUAAAUACAAGACAUUA